AUGCAGCAGAAUCCAACCACCACACUCGAGCAAGCUGCACAGUUCCUGAGAGACGAACACAAUGUGCGAGUUGCAGUUUCCACUCUCUCCUUCAAGAAAGCAACCAAGGCCUACUGCGAGUUCAACGAGGCUAGGGGUCAGGCUUUCCUGAAUGACAUCCAAGCUGAUCUGGGACCGCAUGUCCUCUCUCUGGACGAGUGUGGCUUCUUCAUGAAUCAUAUCCGCGGCUAUGCAUGGAGCCAGCGUGGGUCCAGAGCAGUGGUAAGGAGACCUGGCCCUAGGGGCAAGAAGUUCUCACUCCUCCUCUGCAUCAGCUCCACUGGGGUGGUCAAGUGGAACCUUUACCAGGGCUCUGUGGACGCUGUCAGGUUUCUGAGGUUCCUACAAGAGCUGCCUAUGGGCUCCAAGAUCGUCCUGGACAACGCUGCCAUCCACAAGAGCACCAACGCUCUCAAGCGCAGAGGGCUGCCUACGAUUGCAGAAGCGGCAGGCGAACUUGCAAUCGACCUGGAGUACCUGCCUCCCUAUGCACCACAUCUCAACCCGGUAGAGCUCUGCUUCAAUAUCCUCAGGACUCACAUCAGUGGGGUAGCGCCCAGGAACGAGGCAGACCUCAGGGCCGCUCUAGAGGAUGGCUUGCAGAAGCUCACCCCCGCCGUGUGCUCCAGACUGUUCCAGAGAAGGAACAGGGAGACCGAGUGUACAGUCGUAAAGACCAGCUGGAACAGCUUCUGCAAGGAGGCUGCGAAGGCCCUCCCUCUCGAGAGUGUGCUCAAGGAAGUGAACAAGGCCAUCUGCGAGGCCUACCUUCUCGCCAACCUGCAUGUAUUGCGCAUGUGUGAGCUCGAUAGAGAAGUACCACCUCUCGAUCAGUCCUUCUUCUAUGGAUGCUUGUCAGCCGUCAGUGUCACCGGGAGGCAGAAGAGCGCAAUCAAAGACCUCUUCUUCAGGGAGACGGUGGAACUCUAUGUAUCAUCACGCCCCGCUGAGUAUGUGCCACCGGACAGCAAGAACCUCGCCUCCGGCUGGUACCAGAAUGCAAGCCUCCAGAUGGCGACUUGCACCCGAAACUCUGUUGCUACGAACUUCUACCGGCGCUUCAAGCGAUAUCUAAAGCACAAGUACUCGCUCGAUGGCUCAGCAUGCUAUGCAAAGAUGAGACACAUGCUGACAGAGGAGUACAACGGUGAUGACCCGUUGGUCCUGGAGUACCGUGCAAUGCUUCCAAAAGCCACGACCGGACGAGCAGACUCCACCCCUCACCUUCUCAUGCCCAUGCAAUUCAUGUUCCUGCGCUACAUGGAGUCGCACCAUCCUCUGUCGGAAGCUGAGUUGAAGAAGGGCAAGCAGCUGAGACUCUUUAGCCUCCUUCCCACCAAGAGCGGCUUCGAGUGCAGUCACCUAAAGAUGUGCACGAAUGGCCUAUAUGGCUUGUUGAAGAGAGGAGGCGCCAAGCUGCCAGCAUUUGGACCGGAGUUCAGGAAGGUGGCAGACGACUACUGGAGACAGCUGUUCAACCUCGAGAAGUUUGAGACGUGCAACAGAAAGUUUGCGGGUGAGAUCCUCACGGAUGGAAAGGCCGUGUGCAUGGUGUUGAGGAAGCCCAAACCAAGGUCUUCCGCUGGAGAGGGGGUGCUUCCUGAUCUCACCGGUGACGAGGAGCUGUGGGGCCUUGACCCGGGGAGGAGGCGGGAUUUGUUCGUCAUGAUGAACGAGCAAGGCGAGAAGUUGUCUUGCUCGACGCGAGAAUUCUACCACGAUGCCAAGUACAAGCUCAGCAACGCAAGGAUCAGGCACUGGUACGAGCAGAGUCCUGAGGUCCUCGAAGCGAUCCGCAACAUGCCCAGCAAGAAAACGCCUGAGAGCUCCAAGCUGCUAGACUACGUGCGCUUCAUGCUUCCCCGCCUGGAUAUGCUCCUGAGCUUCCACAUGAGGAAGGGGUUCAGGGGUCUCAAGUCCAAGCGGUACAUCUAUGCACAGAAGAAGUUGCACGAGAUCUGCAAGGGUAUCACCAAGCGCAUGGGCAAGAGGACAGUCGUGGGGUUCGGAGACUGGUCCAACAAGGACGCUGCCGGGAUUAUAAGAGGAUCACCCUCUGGGCCCGUGAAGCGGCUGGAGCGGGAGCUCCGCAAGCACUGCAGGGUGGUCUCGGUAGACGAAUUUAGGACGAGCAAGCUCCACUUCGACUGCAAGACGCAGCUGCACAACCAGUACUCGGAGAAGCGGUGCAAGGAUGGGGUGGUGAAGACCGUAAAAGUUCACAGUGUGCUCCACUGCAGAAACAGUGGCUGUUAUGGCAUGACGGUGAACCGCGACGUGAACGCCGCCCGGAACAUCUUGAGGCUGCUCCAGAGCAGGCUGGGAGGAAGAGUUCGGCCGGCUGAGUUCUGCCGCUAG